AUGAAGGUCGCCAGGGGCCUCGUCCCAGAGGAGGGUACCGCGGCUGGCGGCGUGGCUGGCGCGGCGGGGCAGCAGAGGAAGGGCGCGCGCAUUCUGGCGGCUGAGACCUUUGCUCACGACGCCCCUCUGCCCGGCUACCUCGACCACAUCCCCCGCCGCCAGGCCCUCGCCACCUCAUGUGGGCGCACGACGGUGACGAUCCGCUCGCAGUACCUGGGGCCCGUGUGGGCGCACGACGGUGACGAUCCGCUUGCAGUACCUGGGGCCGUACGACCUGAACUCACCCCUGCCCACUCCCGCCCCUUGUCUCCCUCCCCCUUUCCCCUAUCAUCAGCAUGUGGGCGCACGACGGUGACGAUCCGCUCGCAGUACCUGGGGCCGUACGACUUGCACAACGACAUCUACAACAUGACCUUCUACAACGGCUGCGCCUACAACGUCACCAGCCCGCUGCGCGUGUGGCAGUGCUUCAACUUCGGCAACGUAUGGGAGGGCAUCCUCGACAACCCCGAUCCCAACCCCUCGCAGUACCAGCAAGGCGAAAUCUUUGUGCAGACGAGCCGGGGAUCGCGGCGACCACGGGACCAACGUUCACACAAACCAACACCACUCCACGCCGUUCACGAAUGCCCACCACGCUUCCACUCCACGUCCGCCCACGCUCCCUCCCUUCCCGUCGCCCACGCUCCCUCCCUUCCCGUCGCCCACGCUCCCUCCCUUCCCGUCGCCCACGCUCCUCCCUUCCCGUCGCCCACGCUCCCUCCCUUCCCGUCGCCCACGCUCCCUCCCUUCCCGUCGCCCACGCUCCUCCCUUCCCGUCGCCCACGCUCCCUCCCUUCCCGUCGCCCACGCUCCCUCCCUUCCCGUCGCCCACGCUCCCUCCCUUCCCGUCGCCCACGCUCCUCCCUUCCCGUCGCCCACGUUCCCUCCCUUCCCGUCGCCCACGCUCCCUCCCUUCCCGUCGCACACGCUCCCUCCCUUCCCGUCGCCCACGCUCCCUCCCCUCUAACGAGAACAGAGACUUUCCGCGCCUUGCACCUCCCCUUCCUCCAGCCGCGCCUUACACUCUCAUACGCCUGGAGAGGAUCGGGACGGGGUGGACGCGGGGCAGAGGAGUGUGAACGUGCGACCUGCCGCAAAACCGCAUCCACGGGCUUGUCUCCCCAUUCCGCCUCACCCCAUUCCGCCUCACCCCAUUCCGCCUCACCCCAUUCCGCCUCACCCCAUUCCGCCUCACCCCAUUCAUCCUCACCCCAUUCCGCCUCACCCCAUUCCGCCUCACCCCAUUCCGCCUCACCCCAUUCCGCCUCACCCCAUUCCGCCUCACCCCAUUCCGCCUCACCCCAUUCCGCCUCACCCCAUUCCGCCUCACCCCAUUCCGCCUCACCCCAUUCCGCCUCACCCCAUUCCGCCUCACCCCAUUCCAUCCCUCCCUUCAUCCAUCCCUCCUUUCAUCCAUCCCUCCCUUCAUCCAUCCCUCCCUUCAUCCAUCCCUCCUUUCAUCCAUCCCUCCCUUCAUCCAUCCCUCCCUUCAUCCAUCCCUCCUUUCAUCCAUCCCUCCCUUCAUCCAUCCCUCCCUUCAUCCAUCCCCCCCUUCAUCCAUCCCUCCCUUCAUCCAUCCCUCCCUUCAUCCAUCCCCCCCUUCAUCCAUCCCUCCAUUCAUCCAUCCCUCCAUUCAUCCAUCCCUCCCUUCAUCCAUCCCUCCAUUCAUCCAUCCCUCCAUUCAUCCAUCCCUCCCUUCAUCCAUCCCUCCCUUCAUCCACUCCCCCCUUUCAUCCGUCCCUUGAGUGUCUCUUUAUUUCGGGAAAGGGAGCGAGCAGGGGGGAAGGGAGCGAGCAGGGGGAGGGGAGCGAGCAGGGGGAGGGGAGUGAGCAGGGGGAGGGGAGCGAGCAUGGGGAGGGGAGCGAGCAGGGGGAGGGGAGCGAGCAGGGGGAGGGGAGCGAGCAGGGGGAGGGGAGCGAGCAGGGGGUUCCAGGUGCACCUGAACUGCUCACCCUCCUUUCUAAUGACACCGCACCUCAACUACCCCUCUGUGUGUCCCUCCUUCCCCUUCUCGCAAACCUUCCUUCCCCCUCUUCCAUCUCCUCCCUUGUCCGUUUGACUUCACCCCCCUUCCCCAUCUCACAACACCUCCCUCACUGCACCUCCCUUACCCCCCUCACUGCACCUCCCUUCCCCCCCUCACUGCAUCUCCCUUCUCCCCUCACUGCACCUCCCUUCCCCCUCUCACUGCACCUCCCUUCCCCCUCUCACUGCACCUGA